CAUCUGACCUCAAAGGAGGUGACAUUUACAUAAAUAAUGCUGACAUUUAAGUUCAUACUUCAUGGAAAUGAAUGCUCUAAUCUCACUGAAGCUCUUAUUUUCCUUGCUUUCUAUGUUGAACAUGUUUCUAAAUCCUGCCUCUGAAGGAUGCACUGUACAAAGGCAUUUAUAUCUUACAAAAAUGGUGGGUGAUGUCCUCCCCCUCUUUUCCUUCACAUCUGUAAAAUGAAGCCACAUUUAUGUGAAUCUUGAAAUCUUGAUGACUUUGCUCUAGAUUCAUUUCUCCUAGAGGGUGAGAUGAGCUUAUCCACUUCAAUCAGGUCUUGGACGAGCCGACAUUUCCUAAUGGAAGAGCCAUCCCCUCAAAAGCCAAUAUGAGUGAUAGCCUACCCUGUGCGAGAGUGGCCCUUCUCAACGUCAUUCGUCACAGUAUAUAAUCCCAGCUCUGAUACUGACGGGGGAGGAGUGUCAGGUACUGUGGCACAUGCAAAGUGCUCCCUGUGAUCUCCAAGGGACAGCUUAAAGAAAAAUCAAUAGUACCUUUGCCAUAGGAAAUGCAGGGAAAGAAGACAUCUCAAGAAACACUAACUAUGUCCGGCUCUGAACUACAAGCCAAUGCGAAGGGGCCGCAGACAGCCCCUAAAUCACCUAUUGGGCUACUUAGGAAGAGGGGUCAAGAUGUAAUUCCGAAGAUGCAACCUGCUAUGAUGAUGUUCUCCAGCAAAUACUGGGCUCGGCGAGGACUAUCUUUGGAUUCAGCAAUGUAUGACCAACAACACCUUGCAACCUCAAUGCAGCUCCGCAGGACAUCCUUUAAUCGGAUAGAUGAAAGACCUGACAAAGAGGAACAGAAAUCCACCUAUGACCUUGGGAAAUUAGCAGUGAUUUUCUCUCUGAAGAAUGAAGUGGGCUGUCUGGUGAAAGCGCUAAGACUCUUUCAGGAGAAACAUGUGAAUUUGGCCCACAUUGAGUCUCGCAGAUCCAAGAGAGUCCCCAAUGAGGUGGAGAUAUAUGCAGAGUGCAACUGCACAAAAAAAGAGUUCAAUGAGCUUGUGCAGCACCUGAAAGACCACGUCAACAUCGUCUCAUAUAACACACCUCAACAAGUGUGGUCUGCAGAGACUGACUGUUUGGACUGUGUGUGUGUUUUGGGAGGAUUGGCAGAUGGGGAAGGAAUACCAUGGUUUCCCCAAAAGAUCUCAGAGCUGGACCAAUGUUCACAUAGAGUGUUAAUGUACGGCUCAGAACUGGAUGCUGACCAUCCGGGCUUCAAAGACAAGGUGUAUCGGCAGAGGAGGAAGUACUUUGUGGAGGUUGCAAUGAACUAUAAAUUUGGGCAGCCCAUCCCACGAAUAGAGUACACACCAGAGGAAGUGAAGACAUGGGGAGUCGUUUUCAGAGAACUUACAAAACUCUAUCCAACUCACGCCUGCCGCGAGUACUUGAAAAACCUCCCUCUUCUCACAAAGCAUUGUGGGUACAGAGAGGACAACAUUCCACAGCUGGAAGAUGUGUCUCUGUUCUUACGAGAGAGGUCAGGGUUUACCGUACGACCUGUGGCUGGAUAUCUGUCACCACGAGACUUCUUGGCCGGCCUGGCUUAUCGAGUGUUUAAUUGCACUCAGUAUAUACGUCACAGCACAGACCCUCUCUACACACCAGAACCAGACACCUGUCAUGAACUUCUGGGUCAUGUACCACUCCUGGCCGAUCCCAAGUUUGCUCAGUUUUCUCAGGAGAUUGGCCUUGCAUCUCUAGGCUCUUCAGACGAGGAUGUGCAGAAGCUGGCAACAUGCUAUUUCUUCACAAUUGAGUUUGGGCUGUGCAAACAGGAUGGUCAGUUAAGGGCAUAUGGAGCAGGUCUACUGUCUUCUAUUGGAGAGUUAAGGCAUGCGCUUUCUGAAAAAGCAAAAGUGAAGAUGUUUGAUCCCAAAACCACAUGCUACCAGGAGUGCCUCAUUACAACAUUUCAAGAUGUUUAUUUUGUCUCUGAGAGUUUUGAAGAGGCAAAAGAGAAAAUGAGGGAAUUUGCUAAAACAAUAAAGAGGCCUUUUUCGGUCUACUACAACCCAUACACCCAGAGCAUUGAUUUAUUGAAGGACACCAGGAGCAUCGAGAACGUGGUUCAAGAUCUACGCAGCGACCUGACCACUGUCUGUGAUGCCUUGGGGAAAAUGAACACUUACCUUGGUAUCUAGACAAACAGUGUCACCAGUGCUUCAUUGUAGAAUACAAAUACAAAUGAUUUACAUGAUUAAAUUCAAUUUACAUUAAUACUGUAACAUUUGCAGUGAUGUUGAUUUUUCUGGGCUAAACAUCCAUUAGUCUUGCCUUGUCAUAAGGAUAUGUGUCACAUAAAUUAAAGGAAUAAGUUCAUUUAAAAAUGAAAAUUCUGUCAUCAUUUACUCACCCUCAAGUUGUUUCAAACCUGUAUAAAUGUCUUUCUUCUGCUGAACACAAAAGGAGAUAUUUUAAAGAAUGUUUGUAACC